UUUCUGAGAGGUAGCGCACAAACGGCAUCGGGGUAAUCGGGGCAUUUCUUGGAUUUAAAAUGUCGACGUGUGACGUGUAAUUUACAUUGACAAACAGUGGUAAACUCAUUGAAAGGAAGUUCUAAAGAAAUGGAAUAUUUUAAAAGCAGUCUGAAAUCCGUCUUAGGAACCACUCCCGCUGAUACACAACAAACGGGCGCCGAUACAGUGGAGAGACUAGUAGACAGGUUGCAGUCUUCUAGUCUGCUCGAUGACAGAAGAGAUGCUUGCCGUGCGCUUAAGGCAUUCUCUCGUACGUACCGUGUGGAAGUGGGUGCUCAAGGAAUGGAUGCAUUGAGGCAAGUGCUGGAGAUGGACAGAACAGAUUGUGAGAUAAUCGGCUUGGCCUUAGAUACAUUAUGCAAUAUAACAAAUCCUGAAAUGUUUGAUGAGGAAGUGGAUAAACAUAGUUCUAAGAACAAGAUAGGAGAACAAUUUACAGAAAUAUUCAUCAAGCAUUCAGAUAGCGUUGGUUUGGUGCUGGCAUUUCUUGAAGACUUUGACUUUCGUGUUAGGUGGCCGGCGCUAAAGUUACUGACGCAUUUAUUGGCAAACAGAUCUAAAGAUAUUCAGGAAAUAAUCUUGGUCAGUCCUAUGGGUGUCUCUAAAUUGAUGGAUUUGCUGAGUGAUAGCAGAGAAGUUAUACGCAAUGAUGUCUUGUUGCUGCUCAUCCAAUUAACAAAAGGAAAUGCUAAUAUACAAAAAAUAGUAGCGUUUGAAAAUGCAUUUGAUCGCAUAUUUGAUGUCAUCGAGCAAGAGGGUAAUGCAGAUGGUGGUAUUGUUGUGGAAGAUUGUCUUCUAUUAAUGUUAAAUCUUCUCAGAGGCAACGUUAGUAAUCAAAACUUCUUUAAAGAAGGUAGCUACAUUCAGAAAUUAACACCAAUGUUCCAAAUUCCUAAUGAAAUAGAGGAUAAUAAUUUUGAUGGAUGGAGUCCUCAGAAAGUUUCUAAUGUUCAUUGCAUGGUACAAGUUGUACGAGCGCUGGUAGCACCAAGUGCUCCUGCUCAGGCAGUCGCAGCUUGUCAACGAACUAUGAGAGCAUGCGGAUUAUUGCAAGCUUUAUGUGAUAUAUUGAUGGCUAGCGGCGUGCCAGCGGAUGUAUUAACAGAGACCAUUAACACUGUAGCAGAAGUAAUAAGAGGGAAUGCUAGUAAUCAAGAAUUUUUGGCGGGUGUUAUGGCACCGAGCACUCCUCCAAGGCCGGCUAUUGUUGUCUUACUAAUGUCCAUGGUGAAUGAAAAACAACCAUUUGUUUUGCGAUGUUCAGUAUUAUAUUGCUUUCAAUGUUUCCUGUAUAAAAACGAGGUAGGACAGACGCAGUUAGUCCAGACUUUAUUACCACAAGGCAACGAGGCACCAUCACUAACUACAGGACAGUUGUUGUGUGGCGGAUUAUUUUCUAUAGAUUCUUUGUCAAAUUGGUUCUCCGCCGUGGCGUUAUCUCAUGCUCUGAUCGAAAACAUAAGUCAAAAAGAACAACUUUUAAGAGUACUUCUCGCAACCAAUAUUGGGAAACCACCAGUGACGCUUAUGCAACAGUGCGUUAUGUUAUUGCAGCAGGGUAACAAAACGCAGUGUAAAUUGGGCCUGCUGAUUCUGCUUUGUCGAUGGACCUCGUACUGUCCACUUGCAGUAAAAUCAUUCCUGGCUAUCGACUCUUCAGUAGCAUAUUUAACAGCUCUUUUGUCAUCACAAGAAAAUAAUGAUGAUUUACAAGAGACCUUACUGCAGAGCAUGUGCGCCUUGCUUAUCGGUAUUUGCGUACACUUCAACGAUGAUAGUGUUCCUACUUAUACAAAAGAAAAAGUGUGCAAUUUAAUAGAGAAUAGAAUAGGUUGGGAAAAGUUUCAAGAUGCAAUCGGUGGUAUUGCCAGACACGAAAUAUAUUCUCGAACACUAAAACAUCCACAGCCUUCAGCUAAGAAUCCAUCGGAACUUUUAUUGGAUCAUGAAUUUUGCAGAUUGUUAAAAAGUUUGGAAGGGGUUAUAAUAAAAUCGGUGAUAGAUGCUAAUAAUGAGAACAGGAAUCAAUUAUCUGUAAUGAACUUACCUGAUAAUACAUUAAUUUCACAAUACAAAGAUCUUAUUAGAGAGCAGGAUAUACAAAUUCAAAGGCUAAAUCAAGCUAAUAAUUUUCUUACAAAAGAAAAACAAGAAUUUGAGGUACAAAUACAAGAACUUCGCUCAGCCGUUAGUCAUCUACGAGAUCAAAAUUUGGUUCUUCGAGCUGCACAAGCUAAUAUAGGAGAUGGAAAAGAAAAAAAUGCUUCUAGUAACGAUCUAGAUUUGGAAAAGGAAUUACAAACAUAUAAAACAAUGGUUGCAGAUUUAGAAAAUCGUUUAGCGGAAUAUAUGCACAUAAUGCAACAACACAAUAAGGACAAAGAAAUCAAGGAAUCACAUUUAGAAUUGAUAUCUCAAUUGAAAUUGAAGAUAGAUGAACUUGAAAAAUUGAAGAAAGAUCAAGAAGCUCUUUUAGAACUCUUGACAGAUCAAGAUAGUAAAAUUACAUUGUAUAAAGAAAGAUUAAUUGAAUUAGGGGAUAAGAUUGAAUCUGAUGAAAGUUCGGGUGAACUUGACACGGAUGAUCAACCAGAAUCAACAGAUUACAUUUGAACUGAAGAAAUUGAUGCCAACCAUUCCUAUAUAUUGUCACAUCCGCCGCACCGCUCUCGCGCCACAUGCACGCACUCACAAGGACACGCGGAGAGAAAUAUGAUGCACGCACGGAAAGAAGAGUACACUCGUUAUAAAAGAACUGAGACUUUUUAUUCCAGAAGGAAGCGCGCGUCCAUACAGAGAAUCUUUAUCCGUCAAAAUCCAAAUCAAACUCUCUCUUGUUGAUAAGACACGCUUCGCGACUAUCUUCUUAAGGUAACGCGACACCGCUCGAGCCGAAGGGUGUCUCGCGGGCGUAACAAUAUAUGUCGAACAUAAUUUGAUGUGCAAUUUUUUCGAUAUUUAUAAAGAGUUAUCCAAAAGAAAUAUAUUUUUAUUAUAUUUAU